UUCAGAUGUGCUUUUUCUUUUUCUUUUUCACCCCUGUCUUCUCAGCUGUGGUGCUAUGAACAGUAAGGAUCCAAUGAUAGCUGGACAAGUCAGUAAGCCCUUGCUGUCAGUGCGGAGUGAAAUGAAUGCAGAGUUGAGAGGUGAGGACAAGGCUGCUACUUCAGACAGCGAGCUGAAUGAGCCCCGGCUUGCGCCCGUGGAAUCAAAUGACAGCGAGGACACUCCCAGCAAGCUCUUCGGGGCCAGAGGCAACACGGCACUAUCAGACCCAGGCACUCCUGACCAGCACCAGGCCAGUCAUACCCACCCCCCAUUCCCAGUUGGGCCACAGCCAUUUCUGACGGCUCAACAAUUAGCCUCUGCUGUCACCGGCGUGAUGCCAGGAGGCACACCAGCCCUCAACCAGCCUAUUCUCAUCCCCUUCAACAUGGCGGGACAGCUAGGAGGGCAGCAAGGACUGGUCCUCACACUGCCUACUGCGAAUCUCACCAACAUCCAAGGGCUGGUGGCAGCAGCUGCAGCCGGGGGCAUUAUGACUCUGCCAUUGCAGAAUCUACAAGCUACCUCAUCCCUGAACUCCCAACUCCAGCAGCUCCAGCAGCUCCAGCAGCUCCAGCAGCAGCCGCCGCCGCCAAGCAACCAGCACCCGCAGCCAGCCCCGCAGUCCCAGCAGCAGCAGCCCCAGCCCGCCCCGCCACAGCAGCCGCCUCCGGCCUCCCAGCAGCUGCCAGCUGUUCCAUCGCAGCCCCAGCAACCUCAAUCCCACCCCCACCCCCAGAACCAGAAUCAACCGUCUCCAACUCAGCAGAACGCAAGCCCCUCUCAGAAGCCCAGUCAAUCUCCAGGACAUGGCCUCCCGUCGCCGCUCACGCCACCCAAUCCUCUGCAGCUGGUUAAUAAUCCACUAGCAAGUCAGGCUGCAGCGGCUGCAGCAGCAGCAGCCAUGGGCUCCGUAGCCAGCUCACAGGCCCUUGGCAAUGCCCUCUCCAGCCUUCAGGGGGUCACGGGUCAACUAGUAACUAAUGCACAAGGACAGAUUAUUGGGACCAUUCCUCUGAUGCCGAAUCCGGGGCCCUCGAGCCAGGCAGUGGGCAGCACUCAGGGCCUGCAAGUGCAAGCAAUCACACCCCAGCUCCUGACAAACGCCCAGGGCCAGAUCAUCGCCACGGUCAUCGGAAACCAGAUCCUGCCAGUGAUCAACACGCAGGGCAUCACACUCUCACCCAUUAAGCCCGGCCAGCAGCUCCACCAACCCUCCCAGACGUCAGUGGGUCAAGCGGCCUCCCAAGGCAGCCUUCUGCACCUGGCCCACAGCCAAGCAUCCAUGUCUCAGAGCCCCAUCCGGCAGGCUUCCUCUUCCUCCUCCUCAUCCUCUUCUUCUUCAGCUUUGAGCGUGGGCCAGUUAGUCAGCAAUCCUCAAACGGCAGCGGGUGAGGUGGAUGGGGUUAAUCUGGAGGAGAUCCGAGAAUUUGCCAAAGCUUUUAAAAUCCGACGCCUGUCCCUUGGCCUGACCCAGACUCAGGUGGGACAGGCUCUCAGUGCUACAGAGGGCCCUGCGUACAGCCAGUCAGCCAUCUGCAGACACACCAUCCUGAGAAGCCACUUUUUCCUACCACAGGAAGCCCAAGAGAACACUAUAGCUAGCAGUCUGACAGCCAAACUGAACCCUGGCCUUUUGUAUCCUGCCAGGUUUGAAAAGCUGGACAUCACCCCUAAAAGUGCCCAGAAGAUCAAGCCGGUGCUUGAGCGGUGGAUGGCUGAGGCUGAGGCCCGCCAUCGAGCAGGUAUGCAGAACCUGACCGAGUUUAUCGGGAGUGAACCGUCCAAAAAGCGCAAGCGGCGCACCUCCUUUACGCCGCAGGCCCUUGAGAUCCUCAAUGCCCACUUUGAGAAGAACACACACCCCUCGGGGCAGGAAAUGACCGAAAUUGCUGAGAAGCUGAACUAUGACCGAGAAGUAGUUAGAGUUUGGUUCUGCAAUAAAAGGCAAGCCCUGAAGAACACAAUUAAACGCUUAAAACAGCACGAGCCGGCCUCGGCCGUCCCCCUGGAGCCCUUAACAGACUCGCUGGAAGAAAACUCCUAAAGGGACGGCCACCAAGAAUCAGAAGCAAACUCCACAGAAACUAAACUCCACCCCUGGGACUCCACCAAAAAAAAUAAUAAUUAAUUAAUUUAAAAUAAAAUUUAAAAAAUAACCCCAGUCAUCCUCCUUGUAAGUAAAAGACUGAGAAAGCUACCAAGUGGACACCAUGAUUUAUACAUGUCCAUUGGUUUUCCAAAAGUAAAAACAAUUUUUUUUUGAAAAUUUUUAAACAAGGAAUACACCACACUGCAGGUGUGUGGUAGGAUACUUCCCUCCCCGACCUGUGUCCCUAAAGCCAGUUUUUUAAAGGACUUAAAGUGAACCAAAUAACCACAGACUCUUUUCUGUGUAUUAUGAAAAUGUGAAUACAUUUGAAGGAAAAAGAAAAAAAACUAAACCAAAAACAAACAAACAAAAAAAAAACAACAAAAAAAAACUUUUAUCUGUUCAAAGAGAAUACAAGCCUGCCACCUGGAGGAGGGACUGCAUUCUUUCAGGUUCUAAGUGCUGACUCACUAUGAAACCUAUUAACCAAAGUCAAAAACAUGGCAUUGCAAACGCGAUCGUCAGUCUGCUCUUCUCUGCGUAUAAAGUUGUGUUAUGAAUUUUUACAUUUGGAAUUUGUACUUACCGGAAAACUAGAAAGCCCAAUUUCUUCCAUCUUUCCCAUCUAUUGUCACCACCUAUGGGGUGGAUGUCUUUGUUGAAGCCAUUGUGUGAGGCUCACUAUUAAUUUUUAUUUUGGGUAGAUGGGGUUCUUUUUUCUUUUCCUUCAUUUUUUUGGUUUUUGUUUUUGUUUUUUUCGGGUGGGGGGGGCAUCCUGGAUGGUGUGCCAAAGCAUUCAUUGCUUUCUUCUCACUAUGACUUGUGAGUUUGAGAAAAGAAAAUGGAGCUUGCAUUUCUCUUUUGUCCACCUCCCUCGUGUGUAGCCUCCAGGGUCUGCUGGAAGGCCCCAGAGUGGGAACGGUGUCUUUUCCACUCAGAUCCUAGUGAAAUGCAGGAGAGACUCCAAAAUUGCUAGGGCUUUGCUCAAUGAACUGUCGACACUGGCAUAAGCUGUAAUUGUGCUCACUGUCCACACCAGAGCUUGGAUUUUUCUCAGUCUGUUGGCCACGUACAUGGAAAGCUGACCAAAACUAAUUUUGUAAUAUAAAGAUAAGCUGCACAUUUGGUUCAAUACUUACAUCUAGUUAUGCUUCUGUGCAAAGCAAUUUCUCUCAGAAGUCUGAUAGCCAAAGAAAUGUCUCAAGAUUUCAGUCAAAAUACACACAUGGCAUGCACACACCCAUAUACCCAUACACAAAGAAGCCAGGCCAAAAAGAAAGAGAUAGUGACUGGAUCUUGAAAGGCCACCAUGUUUUUUCUGCUACUACUUUCAUUCCAAUAACAAUGGUAGACUUUUUCCAAGGGAGAGCAAUUGUUCUUGGUAUAUAUAAAUGGAGCAGAAAGUUGGCAAUUUAAACAACAAAUUGGGCUCUGGGUUCUUGAGGGAGAAAGAAGUUUCAACAAUGAAGUGCCUCCACUCAAAGGAAAAAUAUAGAAGUGGCUUAUCUAACACAUCAGAAUAGCCUUCGCUACUAAAACUAAAGGAUUGUUUCAUUUUUCAAAAUAAGUUACUCAAAAGAUCUGUGAGCCAAAAUAGCCUAAUAAACCAGAAGAAAAAGCUGAGAUGGGAGGAUGGCUGUGCAGGUGAGCACUUGGAACCUGUGGUUGGUGUUUUGCACAGGUAUAGGCAAAAGGUGUUCAGUUAAAGGAGCAGACAAAAGAAAACCAUCCAAUUGCCUGCUGUUGAAAUGUAAAUAUUCCUGAAUAAUUAAUUAAUAAGCAUGCUCAUGUACUAUCUAGAAGUAAAUUGCGAAAGAAAGAAAAGAAACCCCACCUCAAGUUGCCCAACUGAUUAGAAAUGCCAUCUUCCCUCCCCGAUGAGAGUUUGAAUCUCUUCUUCUGGUGGCUCCUUUGCUGGUUGUAUAAACGCAAUGGUAUAAUUGUCCCUCCCCCCCACCCCCCCUCGAUAAUCCAUGCAGUGAUCAGGAGAUUACCAGCAAGAAAAUGCUUAAAGAAAAUUCCUGGAAGUGGAACCAGUCGCUUGUACAGGUUUUUCCAUUUUGCCAGUCUGAUGCUAACUGGACCACAGCUAACUUCACCUUCAAAGCCAAUGACAUCAUGGUACCCAUUUUGCCACCUCAAAAACUGCACAAACCAACAACCCAGAAUUCCAAAAAUGUAUUGAUUAAACAGAUUUUGUAUUCUCCUAGGACCUGCUCCAAAUUCCAUCAAGAAAAGCUCCCAAAGAAGAGAAGUUAACAAGAUAACAUAUGAUGGAUGCUAAAUGUUUAAACAUAUGCCAGCAGCAGUUCCAUAAGGCCUGCUCAGUUCGGAGAUCUAUAAUUGGGGGUAUAACUAGGACAGUGAAGAUAUAAAAUAAAAAGAGUCUUCCAGAAUGGAAUGAAAAAGAAAUGUAUUUAUCCCACAGUAGUAAAACCAUUCAUGUGCAGUAAUUUUUUUUAUAGUUUUAUAAUUUUGUAUUGUUUUAUAAAUUAUUUAUAAGGUGUUGUAAUGCUUCUUAUAUUAAUUUUUUACAGAUAAAUUUUUUGCUACAAGGCAUAAAAAGGUGCCUGAACAGAUUCUUAGGAAUAUAAAUUAUACUGUGUAACUCACAAGUCUUCGGGACCACACCUAUUGCUUAAUUUUAUUAUUACAUUUCUUAUUUCCACUUGUAAACAACUUCAUAUGCCAAUAACAUUUAAGUGUCUUUUAUGUUUUUACAAACUACAGGCUAAGGUUGCCACUAACAAAAAAUAAAAGCCACUAGUGCAUAUGUGAUUGUAUUUCAAGCUUCAAUAUUUUUCUUACAUAUUUCUAAAUUAUUGUCAUGUUUAUUUUCUUU